GACGACGUCGUUGUAUUGUUCUCAUCAACUGUUGAAAACGGCAGUGUUGCAGUGGACGUUCGAUUCAAUGGAAGGAAGCAAGAAGGGCUACGCAUGGGCGAUCUCUGCUGGAUUGAACGCCGCUCUGGCCGCCAUUUCUGCUAAACUCUUCGCAUCUCAGAUCGUUAGAUAUGGUUUGGUCAUAUUUUUCAACGUGAUAAUGUGGGGAUGUUACGUUAAUAGCCUGAAAGCUCUCUCAUCUCUACAAGCUACGGUGACGAAUUUUGCUACCAACUUUCUUUCUUCGGGUCUGGCUGGAUUCUUCCUCUUUGAGGAAUCUCUAUCAUUUCAGUUUGCUCUCUCAGUGGUUUGCAGGUGCCGUGCUUAUUGUAAUUGGCGUAUUAGUACUCAGUAAGUCAAGUAUAGAGGAGAAAACACACUCGGAUUAGAUGUAUGUUUCAAUGGAUCCACACUUCUCAUUAAUCGCAUUUGACCUAUCAUAUAAAUUUGGCCGUUUUUUAUGUUCAUCUAAGCAUGUUGAGUUCAAGGAUGAUUGACUUUGACAUUACUUCGGUGACAUUACUUCAUUCACGCAGGGACAUAUCUCAGAAGGCUGACUUGAUCAAUUAGUCUUCUGCAGAUAGUGAAACAGGACCAAUUGGUUGUAAAAUGAAUGGGGGAGAGGAGGGAGGUGGGUUGAGGAAAAAGUGGAUGAACUGUAUGUUGCAUACACUGCUUUGUUGUAAAUUUUUUGGUAUGAACUUUUUUUUUAACCUAUUUUGUAAACCAUUGGAAAAGUAGAACAAGGAAAUAGUUUCAUAUAUAUGUUCUCUUGUUGGGUCAGUGUGUGAAUGAAU